CAACACAAUACAAAGCUUGUUGUUGAUAUGGUGAGGCAGCAAUUCAAGAAGAACAUGCAUGAGACUGAUCCAGUGAAGAUCCAGAAACUGAAGGACGAUGCUGCCAGAGGCCUUAUCAACCAUAUUCUUCAUGAGUCCGAGAGGAUUACAGGCCGCAAGUUCUCUGGUUCAAAAUGAUUACCUGUUGCAUAAAGGCACAUUUUGAUAAAAUAAUGAUUUGCUUGUUAUUUUUAGAGCUCCACGUUGUUUUUAGUGUCCCCCCUUUCAUAUUAACUGAUGGAAAAUAUCAAAAUGAUCUUUUGGCUCUUAAUAAAAAAAUCAAAAUAAUGCUCAAUUAUAUUAAACGAUUAUUUUGAUAUCUCAAUUCUUUAAAAGAGGAAUUAGAAUAGUUCUGUCUCAGGAUUAUUUUAAUUUUUUUUAAAGACUAUGGGGUCAAAUUGACCGUUUAAUAUAGUCAGAGAUCAUUUUGAUUAUUAAUUGAAGUAUUUAUUAUUUUGAUGUGAGUGAAUUUUUUUUCAGCUUAUUAUUGGAACUAUCAGUUUGGUCUGA